AUGAGCGCAGAUGAGGAUGACCUGGGUCGCAUGCCUCCCAUCAACGGUAGGAACGCUGCGCUCGCUGCUUCCGCUGCUGUUGAUGAGAACAAACUGGCUGAACCGCAAUCAGGUCCGGAAAGGCAGGUUUGCGCCAGCCCUACCAUCACCACUCUUACAGACAGCACGAAGCGAUUCAGGCUGAGCGGUAGCCAAGAACCGGCCAGGCCAGAAGGCCCUGGGAUGUUACAACCAAAAGCCAGGAAAGCACCUGGCCCUUCAUUGACUACAGACGAAAAACCUAAAAAGAGUAUGUUUUCUCUACGGCUGACUAAAAGUAAAAAAGAAAAACACGCUCCCCACGACAAAACCUCCUCGUCCAAAGCAGACGCCAGCCUCAAAGGGAGGCUUGCCUCAGUGGCCAAAGACGAUCGCACAUAUCGUACGGAGAGGAAUCCAACAGAGGUUCAACAAGUGUUGCGACCCGACCGAGAUAACUAUGGCAAGGGUGAAGUAAAACCAUCUGCCAUCUCUUUACCUGUGGGAUCCUCUGUAGACUAUGAGGAGGACAUGUACCGGGAUGCAGAUGAAAUAGAGAGAGAGAAAGAGUUACUUGUCUGUGGGGCAGGCUCCUCAGUUUUUACAGAAAGUAAACUAAGUGUUGCACCAGAAGUAGAUAUCAUGGAUUACUGCCGGAAGGAAUGGAGAGGAAACACUUCAAGUGCCAAGCGUAUGAGAAAGGGCUAUGAAGCAGUUUCACAAAAAUUCAUUUCGAUCAGGAGAGUGCGAGGGGACAAUUACUGUGCGGUCCGGGCGACGUUGUUUCAAGUGCUCAGCCAAACGGCCCAGCUUCCUGACUGGCUGCAGAGCAAGGAGGUUAUGCUGCUACCAGAGAAGCUGAUGGCCAAAUACAACUGGAUCACGGAGUGGCAAAAACUAACCGGGAAGGCAGAAAACUGGAGCAAUGAAAUCAAGGAAUGCUUACUGUUACUGAAGCGAAAGUGGGAAAGCCUAUGUGAAAUGAAGACCCUCGCAGAGAGGCAAGCGGCCUGCGAUGAGCUUUUUAGAGGCGAAGAGGACGAGUACAGUCUGUAUGAAGCUGUGAAGUUCCUCAUGCUCAACACAGCUGUCAGGUUGUACGAAGACAACGAAAAGGGGCUGGAGGUUCCCGAAUUCUCCUGGCUUCUGUUCGCACGGGAUACAUCCAGCGACCCUUUCCAGCUCAUGAAGAACCACCUGAAUCAGCUGGGGCACACAGGAGGCCUCGAACAAGUGGAAAUGUUUCUCCUGGCCUACGCUCUGCAGCACGCCAUCCAUGUUUACCGACUGUAUAAGUACAGCACAGAUGAAUUCAUCACUCUUUAUCCCGGUCACCCAGAAGAGACCUGGCCGGUGGUGACCCUCAUAACCGAAGAUGACAGACAUUAUAAUAUUCCUGUCAGGAUGUGUGAAGAGACUAGUUUGUAAAAUGACGUUGUGAGCAGGUACAUAAACU